UAGGUUGCACUUUCAGAGAUAAGAAUUUAAGAAUUGCCUCACCUAUAGCGAUAAGCAGAACGCGGAGAACGCCAACAUUGUAAACAUUUUUCAUGAAACAUUUAGGCAUGCAUCAUGCCAGCUGCCAAAAUAACUGGUAAUUCAAUAAAUUUUUAUAAUCUCUGCAUUUGAUUUUACGGUGAUUGAUGACGUGAGGCGGCUUUUAAGAUGAUCAAAAUGCAAAAAGCUGAUGCUGGGCCAAUAAUUGUAAGGAGUAGUAGAAGUUCAGCACCCAGGCUUUUGUGUGCGUUCGCUGUAGGAAUUGCGGUUGGCUUUGCGAUGUCUUCAAUUUUAGUGUCGCACAGUUUUUUAGAGCAAGAUCUAUUUGUCAAACUGAAACAUGCUACUCACCACGAUGUCGCUCAAUUGGAAAUGGAGACCAAAAGCCCAGCAGACUGUCCGCCGCAGGAGGCAGCGCAGAAAAAGACGCUUUUACAAUUGGCCCAUGACAUGGAGCUUAACUCGUCCUUAGCGUUGGAGCUCCUACGCAGUGCGGAGGAAAUGAAUGCGAGAAAUUUGGCGAGCAAAGUGCGAGUUUUGUGUUGGGUGAUGACGACCGAAUCGAACCACAAAGACAAGGCAUUUCACGUCAAAACUACUUGGGGGCGGCAUUGCAACAAGCUCAUAUUCAUUAGUGACGUAGCAGAUCGCGAACUACCCUCAGUCAAACUGAACGUGCCGUCAGAUCGUAAAGGGUUAUGGGCAAAAACCGUGGGCGCUUUCAAGUACAUCCACAGCAAAUACAAGGAUGACUACGACUGGGUCAUGAAGGCAGAUGACGACACGUAUGUCAUCGUAGAAAAUCUGAGGUCAAUGCUCCUUCCGUAUUCUCCUAAGGAACUGAUUUACUUUGGAUUUCGCUUCAAACCACACGCACCACUUGGCUACAUGAGCGGAGGAGCAGGCUAUAUAAUGAGCAUGGCAGCCGUGUCGGGCCUGGUAAAUGAUGCAUUUGAUGGGAAAAUGAAAGGCUGUGCUGACGAUAAAAGUGAAGAUCAUGAGGACAUUCUCAUUGCUGAAUGUCUCUACGUGAUUGGAGCAAGACCUGGCGACUCUCGGGAUGCUCUAGGCCGAAACCGCUUCUUUCCGUUUGCGGUAGAAGAUCACGUAAAUCCGUUUCAAGGAAACCGAGACUGGUGGUACUGGGAAUAUGUUUAUUGGCCAGUUGAAGGGGGACUUAACUGUUGCUCUGAUCAACCAGUAUCUUUUCAUUAUUUGACCAGCACUAAAAUGUACAUGUUGGAGUAUUUGAUUUAUCACGUCAAGCCGUUUGGUGUGAUGCAUUUGACACAAUAUGAAGUACCUCAACAUUUGCUUCUAAUUUUAUGUAGUUGGUCAAUUAUGUUUGAAGAAAAACGGAAUUUAAUCUUGCCGGUCACCAUCUCUAAUAAUGAUCGAAAAUCGCCUUUAAAAGGGACUUGCCCGCCAAAAAUCGUGUUCACGUUUACGCUCGGGCUGUCGAUUGGGUUCACUUUGGCGACGCUAACACUCACUCGGUAUUCGGCUUUCGAAAAAGCAAAACUGGUGAGAUCUGACAUCGUCAGCAAUAGUUUGUAUAUUGAAGAGGAUACGUCUUUUGCGAAAAAUGGUUUAAAUAUCUCUAAAAAAAUUAACAAGGUAUUUGAAUUGAAAAUUGACUUAAAUUCAACGUUUGUACACGAGCUUUUGAAAGGCUCUGAGGAAGUUGCGGCGCGACGCCUUGCUCAUGAAAUCCGCAUCGUUUGUCUCGUCUUAAUCACCACGCCUAAAAAACACAACGACACGAUCCACGUGCGAGACACUUGGGGCAGGCACUGCAACAACAUCCACUUUAUCAGUACACAGAACGACUCUUUGCUGCCAACGACCAAUGUUGAAAUUCCUCCAAACCGAGAUCUGGAGUGGGCGAAAAUGGAAGGAUCAUUUAAAUUUUUGCUGAAGAACAGGAUUGAUGCUUUUGAUUGGGUCGUUAAAACUGACCAAGACACGUAUAUUGUUGUUGAGAAUUUGCGAAAAAUGGUGGCCAGCCAUUCCUGCAAUGUUCCAAUUUACUUUGAGCUAAAUUAUGAAUUGAACCAAACCAGCGGAUUAAACUCUGCAGCUUAUGUUUUGAGUAAAGAGGCAGUUCGGCAACUUGUGACGAAUGGGUUCAACGAAGAAAAUAUAACCGAGUGCAAUGGCGCCAAGAACAAAACAGCAAAAAUAGGCAAUUGCUUUAAGGCACUUGCUUUUAAGGAAGAGAGUACGUUGGAUGUUUAUAAGAGAAGGAGGUGCCUGCCCAUCACUCACCAAAAUAAUUUGUCAGAUAUGCAAAACCAAAAGUGUGAAUGGUGGAAUGAUGAUUAUGUUUUUUGGCCCAUGCAUGCUGGCUUGAACUGUUGUUCUUCGGAGCCGGUUUCCUUCCACUUGGGCAAACCGACGUUCAUGUACAUGCUCGAGUAUCUAAUUUACCACGUGCGUCCGUACAGUGUAAUCAGACGCACAAGAGUAAAGCAGGAGCAGUUCGAAGCCCAGCCAACCGAAGAAACCAGAAUGAUUUUAAGCAACGCAAACAAAAGAGCAGGAUACUCGGGUGUGGAUGCAAUUAAUGCAAAAAAAUUGGCGAACGAAGUGCGAAUUUUGUGUUGGGUGAUGACGACCGAGGGAAACCACAAAGAAAAGGCAUUUCACGUCAAAACUACUUGGGGCCGGCAUUGCAACAAGCUUAUUUUCAUGAGCGACGUAGAAGAUCUUAGUCUACCCUCAAUAAAACUUGACGUGAAGAAUGAUCGCGCUGGAUUGUGGGCGAAAACCGCAGGUUCCUUCAAGUACAUCUACGGGAAAUAUAAAAACGACUACGACUGGGUCAUGAAGGCUGACGAUGACACGUAUGUGAUGGUGGAAAACUUGCGGGCGAUGCUCUUACGACACUCCCCAAAAGAACUUAUUUACUUUGGGUAUCGCUUCAAACCUCACGCACCGCUUGGCUACAUGAGCGGAGGGGCAGGGUAUGUUUUGAGCAUGGAAGCUGUAGCGCGACUGGUAAAUAAUGCAUUUGACAAGAAUAAGAAGGGCUGCGCUGACAGCAAAAAUGAAAAUAGCGAGGACGUUAAUAUUGCUGAAUGUCUCCACGUUAUUGGAGCUAAGCCUGGUGAUUCUCGAGACGCUCAAGGCCGAAAUCGAUUUUUUCCGUUUGAUGUGGAAAAUCACGCAAAUCCAGAUCAAGGAAAGAAAGAUUGGUGGUACUGGGAAUACCUUUAUUGGCCAGUCGUUGGGGGACUCAACUGUUGUUCCACUGAGCCAGUGUCAUUUCACUAUAUUCCUAAAGCUACAUUGUACAUGUUGGAAUACUUGUCUUAUCACGUCAAGCCAUUCGGAGUGAUGCAUUUGGCGAAAUUUGAAAAUGAGCACUGAAAAUUUGGCCACCUGUCAAAUGAAUACAAUGGAAAUCUACUUUUUUGCUGCAGUUUACAGCUAUGAUAUUUAAUUUAGUUUUUAUAAUUUUUUACUACAUUAAAAACGUAAGAAACUAAGUAGUUUUUUUUUACUAUGUUUAAUUUUUUUAAUUGAACGUGUUAAAAUGUUCUUUAAGGAAAGAGAUGCAUGGCGUGUUUGUUCCGAGUGAUUGCAAUAAAUAUACGUAAAUAAAUAUUCAAAAAAUAAUGUGAGACCAAAGACUUUAAAUAUCUUGUCAAGCGAAAAUCGUUGUGAACUCUUAAGCAAGGUUAAAAGUUGUACUCUAUGAUAAGUUUGA